UUUGUUUGACUUUGGUUGACUGUCGAGCCCAGAGUGGUCAACAGCCUCUGCCCACAAACAAUUCUCACCAAGAACGGACACUCAUUCACAACUAUGGCGACCUGUACUCGACUAGGAUGCGGAAAGAAGUUCGAUCCUGACCAUAACUUGAAAUCUGAAUGUGUCUUCCACCCUGGCCAACCAGUUUUUCAUGAAGGAUUGAAGAGUUGGUCAUGUUGCAAGGAGAUGAAUAAACCGGUGAUGGAGUUUGACCAGUUCAUGAAAAUCGAAGGAUGUGCGACGGGCGUGCAUUCUCUUGAAAAGCCAGUCGUACAAACAACUCCUGCAGCUCAAGUGGAACUGAAGGAAUCGAGCGUAGAUGCGAAUGGCACGAUGACAUUUACUACUGUUGAUCAAACCAUGCCUGCGCUUAUGCCCACUCACCAGACUACCCAGGAUGUCUUCCAACCUAUCAAGCCCGAACAAGCUAUCGAAUCCCAGCCUGUGAUACCCAAACCGGAACUGCAAGAUGACCCUGAGUCUAUCGUGACCGAAGGUAGCAAGUGUAAACGUUUGGCUUGCGGAAUCACCUGGCAUGGUCUUGGAAAUUGCAAACGAGGUGAAUUAGACAAAGAAGAAUGUACAUACCAUCCUGGUACACCGGUUUUUCACGAGGGUUCGAAAGGAUAUUCGUGUUGUAAACGACGGGUGUUAGAUUUUGAUGACUUCCUUCGACUAAGAGGUUGCAAGAAAAGUAGUCAUUUGUUUACGGAGGUCUCAGGAUCGACGAUGAACGAUCAAGAAGAAUCAGUCGAAAGUCGAUUUGAUUUCUACCAAACUCCAACCUCAGUCAUCGUCAGUAUCUUUGCCAAGAAAGUUGACCAAGAAAAGAGCCUCAUCAAGUUUAAUACAUCGACUGUCGAUGUUGAUCUAAAACUACCUUCCAACAAACGAUUCCGGCGAACAUUCAACUUGUUCGGACUUAUAGAUCCAGACCAAUCCACAUACAAAAUCCUCUCAACGAAAUGCGAGAUGGUGUUGAUCAAGUCGGAUGGUCGGAGUUGGUCCAACCUUGAAAAGGGAGACGCGUUUGUAGGCACUGUCACUUUUGGAGUCGGAGGUAGGACUGGAACUGUGGGCGCCAAACAGAUCGUGACUUGACUCGGCUUGAUUAAUGAAUUGGAUCCAAGCAGAUUGUUUCAUCUCGAGUACCUACUUUUUUCCCCCAGCAAUUUAGAAUCAAUGGCUGAUGUCUGAUGAUCAUCUAAGUUCCAAGCCUUUUGCCCUCGAAACAAUUGUUUUACCAGCUCCCGUUUUGAAAUCAAUAAAAUAAGCUUGAUAUCCUCAUCUGCUUCAAUGGUAACCUGAAUGAAUAGUGCAAAUUUCUUUGCAUUUCCAUGGUCCCUACCAAAUUUCUUCUCCAUAGAGCCUAUUGCAU